UGGAGGGGGGGUUGGACACGGGGGUGCUGAGAAUUCCUUUUGCUGGGGUGUGGAGGGAGUAGAUAUUCUGGGAUAUCACUGCUAGCACUCCCCCGGUAAACGUGUUUCUUUGGCAUUUUUAAAGCGGAAAUCUGAGGGAGAAUUUUUGGACACUUGAUGGUGAGAGGGGAUCGUUGCAGGGUUAAAUGGGGAAGGUAUUUUUCUGGCCGUCCAGCUCUCAACAAAGCGACUGGUGAUAAUGGUCUUGGUGCGUUGCCGUUUUACUUUGGUGGAUCCAGUUUCCUCUCCAUCUCAGCACAGCCGGAGCUGAGAGAGCGGGAUCUGGUAGGCCUUCUGGCAGCGACCUCUCGGAGGAUCAUCUUCAAGGGAUCUUCUUUGGAGUUGUUCUUCGCAUGGCAAGGAUCUACUUUCUUGCUGCCUCACUGAAAUUGCAUGGCCUAAACAAAUGAAUAUUUUUAUGAGGCGCCUUGCACCAGAGAUGGGCCAGGACCAAACCAAGCAGCAGAUAGAGAAGGGCCUGAGGUUGUAUCAGUCCAAUCAGACAGACAAAGCCCUUCAUGUCUGGACAAAAGUGCUGGAGAAGACCUCAGAUCCUGGAGGGAAGUUUCGGGUGUUGGGGUGCCUGAUCACAGCUCACUCAGAAAUGGGAAAAUAUAAAGAUAUGCUAAAGUACGCCCUAGAUCAAAUCGAUACAGCCAGAGAAAUGGAGGACCCAGACUACCUGACAGAGGGCUACCUCAACUUGGCGCGCAGCAACGAGAAGCUAUGCGACUUCCAGAAAACGGUGUCCUACUGUAAGACCUGCUUAAACAUGCAGGGUACCACCGUCAGCCUGCAGCUCAACGGCCAGGUAUGUCUUAGCAUGGGCAACGCCUUCCUGGGCCUCAGUGUCUUCCAGAAAGCUUUGGAGAGCUACGAGAAGGCCCUGCGCUACGCACACAACAACGACGACAAGAUGCUGGAAUGCAGAGUCUGCUGCAGUCUGGGAAACAUCUACGUCCACCUCAAGGACUAUGAGAAAGCCCUGUUCUUCCCCUGCAAAGCAGCUGAGCUCGUCAAUGACUACGGCAAGAGUUGGAGCCUCAAGUAUCGAGCCAUGAGCCAGUACCACAUGUCUGUCGCCUACAGGAAACUGGAUCGCCUGCCAGACGCCAUGGAGUGCUGUGAGGAAUCUAUGAAGAUUGCUCUGCAGCACGGUGACCGUCCUCUGCAGGCUCUGUGCUUACUGAACUUUGCAGACAUACACCGCUGCAGACGUGACGCUGAUAAAGCAUUCCCUCGCUACGAGUCUGCUCUGGGUAUCAUGACUGAGAUUGGAAACCGUCUCGGACAGUCACAGGUCUACCUGGGAGUUGCAAAGUGUUGGCUUCUGCAGAAAGAAUUUGACAAGGCUCUUGAUUCUUUGCAGCGAGCACAGGAAUUGGCAGAUGGGAUGGGAAACAAGCUGUGCGCGCUGAAGGUGCACUGCCUGAGUGAAGGGAUUCAUCGAAGCCGGGGGCAGCAGGAGGAGCUCAGAGAGCAGGUGGUGAAGUUCCUGCAGUGUGUCGAGGAGCUGGAGCUCUACUGCGGCAUGUGUGGAGAGUCCAUCGGGGACAGGGACCAAAAACUGCAGGCAUUACCCUGUUCCCACAUUUUCCAUCUCAAGUGUCUGCAGUCAAACGGGACGAAGGGUUGUCCCAAGUGUUUCAAGUCCUCCAUGAAGCCUGGAUUUGUGUGAUUGUGAGACUGUGUUUGUGCGUUGGAUCUGCAGACACAGCGUGAAGCCUCGCAGGCUCCUGACUGAUCUGAGAGAAGCAGGCAGCCUCGGGAUGUGCUGAAGAUGUUCGAGGAGUAAUAAUUCACUGCUCUGUGAAGAGGUUGCUGAACUGAACCCAGAGUGUCGCAGAGUGCGGCACUGAGGACACAUUCAAGGCAUCCAUCUAUUUAACAGACAUCAGUCUGUGGGUUGCAGCUGACUGAGGGGCGUGACUGACAGUGUUACAUUUCGUUAUAAGCUGAAGAAGAAAGAACCUACAUUGUCUCUGACGACUGGCCUUUUUUGUUUGCAGAAUUUAAAUCUAAAGGAUUAUGGACCGUCCAAAGAGCAUUUAUAACUCGUAUUUGCAUUGUAAGUGAUCUUAGUCGCGGGGUUUGUUAUUCAAACUCUGAUUUUACCUUUUACAAAACAUCCACUUUUUCUUUAAUUAACUUUCUUCUUCCUUUUUUUUUUUUUUUAUCAG